GGUUCCGGGGCGGGCGGUGGCUGCCGGCCCGGCCGCGGCUGUGCGGAGAGCGGCGGCUCCGGCGGACGGAGCCCCGCGGGCACCAUGAGCGGUUCGCAGACCAACGACACUAAAAGACAAUUUCUUCUGGAACGGCUACUGGAUGCAGUUAAACAGUGUCAAAUACGAUUUGGAGGAAGAAAAGAAAUUGCUUCUGACUSUGACAGCAGAGUGACCUGUUUGUGUGCUCAGUUUGAAGCUGUGUUCCAGCAYGGCCUGAGGAGGAGCCGGGGAUUAGCACUGACAGCAGCAGCAAUCAAACAGGCAGCAGGUUUCUCCAGCAAAACUGAAACAGAGCCAGUGUUCUGGUAUUAUGUGAAAGAAGUCCUGAACAGACACGAAUUGCAGCGCUUCUACUCUCUGAGGGCCAUCACUACAGACAUUGGCAGAGGCAGGGCCUGGCUGCGCUGUGCUCUGAAUGAACAUUCACUGGAAAGAUAUGUUCACAUGCUGCUUGCAGAUAAGAAUCGACUCAGUGUCUUCUAUGAAGACUGGUCUUUUAUGAUGGAUGAAGAACGUUCUAGUAUGAUCCCCACGAUGGCAGCUGGUCUGAAYUCCAUUCUUUUUGCUAUCAACAUUGACAAUAAGGAUUUAAAUGGGCAGAGCAAAUGCACACCCACUGUGUCUGAUUUGUUAAAGGAAUCCACACAAAAUGUAACUUCAUUAUUCAAAGAGUCCACUCAGGGUGUCAGCAGCCUCCUCCGGGAGAUCACUGCCUCRUCUGCAGUCUCGAUUCUCAUCAAACCUGACCAGGACUCUGACCCACUGCCUGUUCUCUCAAGGAAUGUAAAUGCUGAUCUGAAGCAUAAAAAAGAUCGAAAAAAGAAGAAGAGAGUGACUAAUAUUAUCUCAUUUGAUGAAGAGGAAGAUGAGCAAAAUUUGGGGGAUGGCACGAAGACUCUGACUACAGGAGAAAGUUCAGAGGAGAGCAUAGACAGAUCUUCAGUUCUUGCAUUAUCCUCAUCUGAACACACUCUUGGAAGAAACCUAAAUGGGAGUGAAAGUAACCACUCGUGGAAGAGUGAUUCAGUAUUCAUGAAUGGAGAGUAUGAAUACCAGAAAYUGGAUGUGAAGAGCAUUGAUGAUGAAGAUGCAGAUGAGGUUGAGUUGUAUGGAAAAACAUUAGGAAAUAAAGGCACAGAAGGUGAAACUAAAGCUUCUGAAAAGUUUCAUGAAACAGUCACAUGCAAUUCUCAGAUAUGCAGUUGGACUCCUCUGCAGGUUCUGAAUGAUGACUCAGAUGUUCUAUUUCCUGUCAGUGCUGUUGGCUCUUACUCCCAAACAGAUAACUUGGAGAAUGGAGAGGGCCAUGAACAUGUUCACCCGGUAGAACUGGUUCCAAGAAGAUCUGAUCUUCCUUACAGAGUGGAAGCCAGUCCUCCAGCUGAAGUGAAUACUUUAAGCAAUAUGUUGCCUUCAGCCACUGUGCCAGAAUCCAUGACAAUUAAUGAACUUCGUCAAGCUAUCGUGGCCAUGAUGAAUAGAAAGGAUGAACUGGAAGAGCAGAAUAGAUCCCUGCGGAAUCUGCUGGAUGCAGAGAUGGAACAUUCUGCAGCACUGAGGCAGGAAAUGGAGAACUGCAGGAGGAAGGUAGCAGAACAAGAAGAGCGACAUGCCACGAAAGUCCAGGCCUUGACACGAGAAAAUGAAGUGCUAAAAGUGCAACUUAAGAAGUAUGUAGGAGCAGUCCAGAUGCUCAGAAGAGAAGGUCAAACAGUGGAAGUUCUGCCAAACAUUUGGAGCACUGAUGGUGAAUUUACAAUUCCAGAGCAAAAGCAAGUAGAAAACAAUGAGGAACUGGCCAACUCUUAUGAAAGGAAAUUGAUUGAGGUGGCUGAAAUGCAUGGGGAGCUGCUUGAAUUCAAUGAGAGGCUGCACCGAGCUCUGAUGGCCARGGAAGCUCUGGUGUCCCAGAUGAGACAAGAACUGAUUGAUCUGAGAGGGCCGGUCCCUGGAGAUUUGAGUCAAACAUCUGAAGAUCAGAGUUUGUCAGAUUUUGAAAUAUCAAAUCGUGCUCUUAUUAAUGUUUGGAUUCCCUCAGUCUUCCUGCGUGGCAAAGCUGCCAAUGCAUUCCAUGUUUAUCAGGUUUACAUCAGGAUAAAGGAUGACGAGUGGAAUGUCUACCGAAGGUAUGCCGAGUUCAGAAGUUUGCAUCAUAAAUUACAGAAUAAAUACCAGCAAGUGAGGACUUUUAACUUCCCACCAAAAAAGGCCAUUGGAAACAAGGAUGCGAAGUUUGUAGAAGAGCGACGCAAGCAGCUACAAAAUUACCUAAGGAAUGUAAUGAACAAAAUUAUUCAAACUGUGCCAGAAUUCACAGCCAAUCCCAAAAAAGAGACACUUAUUCAGCUGAUGCCCUUUUUUGUUGAUAUCCCACCCUCUGGAGAGCCAGUGAGCAAAAGCAAUCGCUCGAGAGUGACCACGCGCUUCCCCAAACUGUCGCGCAGCCACCCCCGGGAGCCGCGGAGCCUGGAGCCCCAGAGCGGUGAUCUCUGACCCCCUUCCUUAAUUGUCACUAUGGGCAGCACGACUUKAAGUUGUUCUGUGAUUCCUUCCUAGCCUAUAUUUAUAAUUUAAGCUCCUGAAGAGACUACAGCUGCAUCAACUUAAAUCCUGAAAAGAGACAUUCAUUACCAAGGGUCAUAUCCUGAUUAACUACUUUGGAAGGCAGUAAUCACUUUCUCAAAAGAAUACGAGGGCUCUUCACGAGAGCUCAGCAAACUGAUCGGCAUUUCCUUUGUUUUGUAAAGCUGCACUGCACAAAUUCUCCUUUGUUCYUCUGAAGUCCUUCUGUCACAAUGAAUUCCUUGUUUGUAUUAUGUUGUCCCUUUUUCCAUGUACAGUUUUCUGUUCCAGAGAGACAUAGGCUUCAUGUCAAGACAAUUUUUUUUUYCUUAGAAGAACCUGUAUGAUUAUCACUAGUUAAUAUGUCAGAAGGAUGUGCUUAAAAGAACCUCACUAAUUUAUUACCUUUUGUAAAUAGAAAGACUGGGUUGUUUGGUUUUUUUUAAAUGUAAACCUCUGACACACAAAGGUUUUUUAAAAAACUUGACAAUGUAGAUUAUGAGAAAAACAUUACAGGUGGAAAAACAGCUUUUGUACAUUUCUAGUUAGAUAUUCUCAAUAGCAUUCAUUUGUGGGAAGUAAUUCUUGAAAGUCAGAGAAUGUAAUAAUUUUUAGUGAAAUUUCAGUCAUGCUGUAAGGCAGGUGCAAUAUUAUUCAUUUCUGCAAACCACCACAAGGAUACACAAAAUUACCGUGAUACAAAACAAGUGGCUUUCAAGUGUUGGGUUAUAUUUUGUCAUUAAUUUGCUGCUUAUGUUAGAACAGUCCAUCAUUAACAGGGCAGGGUGGAAUUCUUAAUCUGAUUUUGUAAAGCCCUUCACAUGGUGAUACUAAAAAAUUGCCUGUAAUAAAAGUGCCUGUUACCCAUCACCUCCUAUUGAAAAGUAAUUUGUAAUGCUACUACUGUAAGAGUAACUAAAAAUUUGACAAGAAUUAUUACAAGUGAUGGAAGUCCUGACAUGGAUUAACUGGAAUCCAGUUCAGUAUCCAUUAGCUGCACUGCCGUAGGCAGUUAAUUAUGUUUUAGCUAUCUUCUUCUCUUCAUUAAGUUUAAGCAGUGUAUGUUCAAAUUUCCUAUUAAUUGUACUCUGGUUUUCCUUUGUGUAAGAACAUCUUUCCUUACACAAGUUUUUUUGGAUAAUGUUACUUACAUUGAUGUAUCUUGUCAUUUUAUUACCCAUUCAUUAUAUUAAAUUUUCACAUCUUAUAUUAUUCUCCAGGAAAAACAAGCUGAUGAUUAAUAACAGACCUUGUACCUCAGCGCUUUACUAAAGUUUCAGCAAAGUGGAGCUUGUGUUCAGCAAGCCUGUGAUCAGUGAGUGCAGCCAGGGCAGUGGUGCAGUCAUUUCCAGUGGCACCUCUGCCAUGAGGAGGGGUUUGUUACCCACACUCAGAGGCAUCAGAGGCUGUGCCUGAGUGUGAGCCCCACUGCUGGGUUCCUACCACUGGAAUGUGCAGCUUUUCCAUGGCACUCAGCAGCAAAAUGUGGCAGACAGGAAUGGGGUUCACUCUCCAGGUCAGAAAUGUCAGUGGUAAGUAAGUAAAAUGUCACAGAAAUGAAACAAUAUUUCUCAGUCASUAAGAGAUUUCAGUUACCAAACAGAUAAAUAGAAAAGCCCAAAGGCCAGCCUUUAGUGUGUCCAUUAACAUAUGAAUUACUGUUGGUGUUUUGUGUUAGUUACAGCGGGACACUUAUUUAAGAAGAAAGG